AUGGGUUAAUCAUGUAGUAUAAACACUUGUUGUGCAAAAGAGGAAAUAUAAACUGUAAAGAAUUCCAAUCGUUCUAUUGAAAUCUCAGUGAAAAAAUCAAAACAUUCUUUAACUAAUAAAAAUACUAAUCCAGGAUAAGUUGAAGAAGCAAAUUAAAAUGAUAUACAGAUUUAAUCUUAACAUAGCAAGGUCUCUAUAAAAGAGAUUGAAAAAAAUUUGAAUAGUCAAACCGAUAAUUAAAAUAUACAUCCUUUGGUUAGGAAAACUAUAGGGAAGCAAGAAAAAAUAAAACUUCCUAUGAUCUUACUAUAAAAUGGUGCUACAUAUGAAGGAGAAUGGUUGGAUGGGAAGCGAGAAGGUUAUGGAAAAUAAUAAUGGCCGGAUGGUUCUGUUUAUGAAGGAGAAUGGAAAAAUGAUAAAUCUUGUGGAAAAGGAAGACUUAUACAUGCUGAUGGAGAUAUUUAUGAAGGAGAUUGGUUAAAUGAUUAAGCUAACGGUUUGGGAUCAUACACUCAUGACAAUGGGGCUAAGUAUAUUGGAGAGUGGCUGAACGAUGGAUAACAUGGGAGAGGAAUAGAAGAAUGGCCAGAUGGAGCAAAGUAUGAAGGAGAUUAUUAAUGUGGUAAAAAACAUGGGAAUGGUAAACUUGUAUUUGCUGAUGGUUCUUACUAUUAAGGAGAAUUUUAUUAAAAUGAAAUUUAGGGACAAGGCACAUAUUAAUGGUUGGAUGGAAGAAUCUAUGUAGGAGAAUGGAUGAAUAAUAAAAUGAAUGGAACUGGAGAAUUGAAAUUGCCGGAUGGAAAAAUAUAUAAAGGAGAAUAUGAAAACGAUAAAAAGCAUGGGAAAGGAGUAUUUAAAUGGGAAGAUGGUCGUAAAUAUGCUGGUUGUUGGAGAUAAAACAAAUAGCAUGGAGUUGGUAUUUAUAUAACAAAUCAGAAUGUGGAAAAAAUAGGAUAUUGGGAGGAAGGACUCAGAAUAAAAUGGUAUGAAGAUAAGGAAAUCAAAUUGUUGGAAGCCCAAGGAAUAUUGGAUGAAUUUAGAAACCUAUGA